UGAGGUCCCUGGGCCGGGCCGGGUGCCCCUUGGCAUCGGGCACACCCGCUGUUCCUUCUCCCUUGCUCCAUGGCAGGUCCCAGUCUCCCUCCGCCCCUCUCCCUUCGGGGUUGGUGGGUGUAGCUGAGCUGGCAGCCCGAGGCUCGGUUGUCCGGCCUGGCUUGCCUGGCCCACGGCCGACACGCUCCGGCAGCUUCAGCCUGGCUCUGUGCCAGCCGUCCGCUCCCAGCCAGGUGCUGGAGCUAGCUGGGCCUGUCCGCCCCAUGGCACCUUCCGGCUUCCCUUUCCCUGCCCGCUGCGGCCGCGCUCUGCGUUGCAGACACACCGGUUAUGUAACCGGAGCAUAACUCAGCUCGUUGAGCCGUCCCGAAAGGCCUGCAGGUGAGCUUACAGCCUCCAGCGUGGCAAGAGGCUGGCAAUGGGUACGUUUAGGACGGGCUUUCGGGACAAUACAGCCACCCCCUGGGAAGAGACAACGCGAGCGACCUAGAGAAACAUUACGCAGAACACUGCAGAGGAAGCCACAUCCGUCAACCACCCGCUUGGAAGCCCGGACACACCGGCAGGAGACCAAAACGCACGGCGAAUGCCGGCGGACGCUCUGAGGGCGUGGGAGGAUUUUAAAAAAAGAAAAAGACCCCUAACUCUAACCCCCUCCUCAGGCUGGCUGCCCAGCAUCUGCUGGCUUGCGCUCAGUCAAUUUAAACACCGCUGGUAGGAAACGAAGGAGUUGCUGUGUGGGGCAGGGAAGGCUCCGAGCGGGAGCCAGAGAACCGGGACCAUGCCGCCCCCCAAAGACGUGGUGAAAAUCGCCAUUCAGAUGAUGGGAGCCAUCCCGCAGCUCAUUGAACUCAACCAGGCCAAGCCCCUGGCUGCAGUUGUGAAGGAGGUUUGUGAUGUGUGGAACCUGGGGAACGCCGAGCACUACGCCCUGCAGUACGUGGAUGGGCAGCAGACGUACAUCACCGAGUCGAACCGUGCGGAGAUUAAGAAUGGGAGCAUUCUGCGGCUGACCACUUCUCCGGAUCAGGAGGCAGAGCGGCUGCACAGCGGGAUCCGGAGUAACAACCUGGACGUGAAGGCAGACUCCCUGAAGAAGCUGGCGAACCUCUCCCGAGACAUCACCUUUGCCCAGGAGUUCAUCAACAGGAACGGCCUGAAACAGCUCUUCCUUAUUGUGGAAGAGGGGAACGAUAUAGGGGAGAUUCUAGCCCACACCCUGAAGGCCUUCAUGGAGCUGAUGGAGCACGAUUUCGUCUCCUGGGAGACGCUGAGCCGGGCCUUCAUUGGAAAAAUCGUGGGGUACGUCAAGACGAGUGGGAUGGACGCCUCUGUCCAGCAGCUCUCCCUGUCCAUCCUGGAGAACAUGGUCCCGAGCAGCCGCCCCCUCUUUGAGCUGGUCAAACGCGAAGUGACCCUGGAUCGCCUCCUCACCCACCUGCAGGUGACCAACCAGCAGCUGCAGCUCAAAGCCAUGGCGCUGCUCAUCGCCCUGCUGCUGAAUGGCAGCGACACAGAGAGGAGGGACAUAAUGGACUAUCUGGGCCAGAGGAACAUCCGGCAGUUCAUUCACAAGAACAUUAUCCACGCCUCGGAGCCGAUGGGGGAUGAGAUGGCCCAUUAUCUCUACGUGCUGCAGUCCAUCACCCUCAACCUGCUGGAGCAGAAGAUGCGGACCCCCAUGGACCCUUAUUCGCAGGAACAACGGGAGCGUCUCCAGUCCCUGCGUCACAGCGCCUUCGAGUCGGAGAACGAGCCUUCUGCCGGCACCUUCAGCACGGAGCGCCGGCGCUCUGUGUGUGUCAAGGAGUUCCGCAAGCUGGGCUUCCAGAACUACAGUAACCCUGCCGAGGACCUGCAGCACGCGCCCCCGGGACUGCUGGCCCUGGACAACAUGGUCUACUUCUCCAGAUGCUGCCCGAGUGCCUAUAGCAGAUUUGUCCUUGAGAACAGCAGCCGUGAUGAUAAACACGAGUGCCCGUUUGCCCGGAGCAGCAUCCAGCUGACCCUGGCCCUCUGCGAGAUCCUACAUGUCGGGGAACCAUGCUCGGAGACGGCCCAGGCCUUCUACCUCAUGUUCUUCGGUCAGGACCACUUCUUCGAGGAGCUCUUCUGUAUCUGCAUCCAGCUGCAGAACAAGACCUGGAAGGAGAUGCGCGCCACGCAGGAGGACUUCGACAAGGUGCUGCAGGUGGUCCGGGAGCAGAUCACCCGGACCCUGUCCCUCAAACCCACCUCCCUGGAGCUGUUCAAGACCAGAGUGAACGCGCUUAACUACAGCGAGAUCCUGAGACUGCGGCAGACGGAGAGGAUGCACCAGGAGGAGACGCUGGCCGUGCCUGUGCUGGAACUGCGAGAGAGGCUCAAGCCCGAGCUCCUGGAGCUGAUCCGCCAGCAGCGGCUCCUGCGCCUCUGCGAGGGGACCCUCUUCCGCAAGAUCAGCAGCCGCCGCAGACAGGAUAAGCUCUGGUUCUGCCGCCUGUCCCCCAACCACAAGGUGCUGCAUUACGGAGACGUGGAGCCGGGGGUGCAGAGCCCCCCCAUCGAGAGCCUGCCGGAGAAGAUUCCCGUGGCCGACAUCAAGGAGCUGCUGGUUAGCAGGGAGUGCCCGCACAUGAAGGAGAAGGGCUCCGGGAAGCAUAACAAGGAUGUCCUGGACCUGGCCUUCUCCAUUAGCUACGACGUGGAGGAGUACUACCUGAACUUCAUCGCUCCCACGCGCUACGAGUUCUGCCUGUGGACGGACGGCCUGAACGUGCUGCUGGGCCGGGAGAUGACGAGCGAGCGAACCCAGAGCGAGCUCGACAUCCUGCUCUCCAUGGAGCUCAAGCUGCGCCUCCUGGACCUGGAGAACAUUCCCAUCCCCGACGCCCCUCCCCCCGUCCCCAAGCCCCCCAGCAAUUUAAACUUCUGCUAUGACUUCAGCCCCAUGGAACAGUGAGGGCAGCCGCCCCGGCCAUGGCUCUCGCCCCCGAGCCAGCCCCAGCUCCCAGCCCUGCUAGCGGCUAGUCUGGGCCAGAGUCUGCGCUGUAAGGGGGGGGAAGGGAAAACCCGGCUCCGCACUGGGGCAUGGGCUCAGGCACCUGCUGCAGCCCCUCCCGCUGGGCAGGGAGCGAGUGGGGGAAGGGCUGGUGGGCAAGGAGACGGGCUCCUACCUGGGCCAUGAUCUCCUUUCCCCCUCGUCCUGGUUCCGCCCAGGGGGAGCCGCGGAGCCCUGGCCCCUUCCAGCGGGGGCCUUGCUCUCCCGCUUGCUGCCCUGACUGAGCGGGGCUGACCCAAGUGCCUUCUUGCCCCUCUCUGCACUUGUGCUGCUGCUGUUAAUGCGCCGUGGGGGAUGGCCUUUGUCUCCCCGCUCCCCAGGGCAGGCUGCUCCUGGGCUUUGACAGAACCUUUGGCAACCCGCUGGGCCCCUCGGAGCUGGCGCCACCCUCCCGCAGGAGUCCUUAACUGCUGCACUGGUACGAUACGGUGCACUUGGGUGCACCCCAGGGAAAGACUCCGAGAUGGAGAAGGUACGAUUCUGUGCGGCCCUGUGCUCCCCCUGCCCCUCUCUGGGCGAUGUGACAGCCUGGGCUGGGGGCCAGCAGCCCCACUGUUCUUUAUGGACAAUAGGGCGUUUGGGGGGAAAUCUGCCUUCCAGCAGCUAAGGCGUUAAAGCUGCUGGGGCCACAUGGCUGAACGACUCACUGAGCACAAGGAGAAACGGAGUCACUUCCAGUCCCCUCUGCGAGCCUCCCCGAGCUGGGGUGCUGGCGCCUGGCUGAUGGGAGAUGAUGCUAGGCACGGGAGGGCGCCCGCUGGAGGCUCCGCUGUCACUCGGGGCUGAUGCCUGCACACCAGGAAUCCUGGCCAGGCUGCCAACGCCCCAUGGUGCGCGAGGGGAGGGGAGCCGAGUCGUCCCUGGUCGCAGCUCAGCACUGUCUCGCCCCAUCCUACUGUCUAUCCCGCCCCAGGCAUCCACUGCACCCCUUAGCCCUAAUGCUGCACUUACUAACCGGCCAGCCUGCUUCCCUGGCCCCUCACCCUGCUAGCGGGAGCCCCUGCACUGUACCUCUCCAGCCUGGUGCUUCUACUGAGAAAGGUACGCCGUGGCACCAGGCCCUCCCCCAGCCCUCUAUAUGGGCCUGUAAUAAUACUAAGGGAUUAACCUGCCUGAUUGUCUCAGCACUGGACCUGCACUGUCCCCUGCCCUGGGGCUGGAGGGGGCUGAGAACAGACCCCUUCCACCCCCCAGCAUUUGGACAAUAAACACUUGUACGGAGAAA